GAGAUCUGGGCCUUUUGUCCGACGAUAGAAAUGAUUUUUAACAUCUUCAGCAACAUUCAUUUGUGCACGAAACGUCAAAGUGUAACGGUCGUUAGAUCAGCCCUCAGCGGAUGUUAAAUUUGAAGUGAUAAAAAACCAGAGAUUGGUUUUUAUGUAAUCGCCCUAAAUCCACCAUCAGCACGACAACAAAAAACCAACGGCCAAGUUUAAAUUACUUUGGAAGAAGAAAGAAAAGUCGAAAAGCACAAAAAAGAGAAAAACAAAAGUGAAGUUCAAGUGAAGAAAGUGAACCAAGGCAUACGCACAUGAGCACAAAACCCAAAACCCAAAAUCAACAAAAGCCAUUGUAAAACAAGCAAAGUAACGUAAAAAAGAAAGAGAAUUAAAGAGACGGAAACAUACAAAACGUCCAAACCAAUGUUAGUCCAUAGCAAUUGUAUUGACCAUUUUGCAUUUUGUAACUUUAUCCUUGGCUUUGCCACAAAUACUUGAUUUUGUGGAGAAUUACCACAAGCAAAGCUAAGCAAAAUUUAUUUUUGCCAACAGUUUUUCAUAUCAAUCAUAAAAAGUGUUAAAUUUUUCAAACAGCGGGUCAGUCGUCGUCAUCCUUAAUUGCCAUCUCAUAAUGGGUCAUUUAUCCAUGUCCGAUCGUAGUACCACCACCAGUGUGGAGACAUCCACCACACAGACGGAGCUUAAGAGCCGCCUCACGGCGAAUGGCAAAUCCACGAAUGGUGCUGCCAGCGGAUUCCCCACCAAAAAUGGCCAGCCUUUGGUUUCGGCCGUCGAUGGCGAAGUUAAGGUGAUCGAACAGAAACACCAUGUCGAUUUGGAACGAUACACCAAAAAUUUCAAAGGUGACACUGUUUUGGGCAUUAAAUUUCAAGCUCCCCUCAAGUGGGGCAAUAUCAUUAUGAUAACUGCGUUGCACAUCUUCUUCGUCUAUGCAUACGUAACGUAUCCCAUGAGGAGGCUGAAACUUUAUUCGGUGUUAUAUGCUUACAUCAUGGGUGGUGUUGUGGGUUUUGGUGUUACCGGUGGAGCCCAUCGUUAUUGGACACAUCGUUCAUUUAAGGCGAAUCUACCCAUGCGCAUAAUACUGAUGUUAUGUUUUACAGCGGCUGGACAGAACAGUCUAUACGAUUGGGUGCGAGAUCAUCGAGUGCAUCAUAAAUACUCCGAAACCGAUGCUGAUCCUCACAAUUCAAAUCGUGGCUUCUUCUUUGCCCACGUUGGCUGGCUGAUGAUGUAUAAGCAUCCUGAGGUACUAAAACGUGGUCGCCAAUUGGAUAUGAGUGACAUUUUGGCUGAUCCCGUGGUGCGUUUCCAUGAGAAAUAUUUCAUACCCUUGAAGAUGUUGUGCUGUUUUAUUAUUCCCACCGUCAUACCCGUCUACUUCUGGGGUGAGGAAUGGUAUUUGAGUUUUAUCAUGCAAUGUGUCUUCCGUUAUGUGUACUCCUUGAACUUUACCUGGUCGGUGAAUAGUGCUGCCCAUUUGUGGGGAACUCGUCCUUAUGAUAAACGCAUCAACCCCAGAGAAAAUAAAAUCGUCUCCUUUGUUGCCAUGGGUGAGGGAUGGCACAAUUAUCAUCAUGUCUUCCCUUGGGAUUACAAAGCAGCUGAAUUGGGCAAAUACUCCUUGAACUUUACCACCAUGAUCUUGGAUGGCUUUGCCAAAUUGGGUUGGUGUUGGGAUAGAAAACAACCUUCCAAGGAUUUGGUUCAACGUACUUUGGAUAAAUAUGGCGAUGGCACUCAUCCCUCGACUGCUGACUCCCAUCACGAUCACCAUCAUAUGCCUGAGGUUCCAGAUCCCGAGUACCCCUGUGAGGAUGAUGAUGCCGAGUCCUCAAGUACGGAAAGCACAAAGCUCGAUGAGAAUGAAAAUCAAUCGACAAAAUCUGUAUUAGCCUAAGCCUAUUUAUCUAACUAAUAAGUUAAACUAUUCUCUUAACUAUAUUCUCAAGAGCCAAACUCGAUUAUGGAAAAUUGACCAAGGGACCACUGGUAGAACAAAAGAAUAUUUAUUCCACUCCAACAGACAACGGGCCGUUAAACCAAGCAACCAUGGGACCUGAAGGCGAACUUAACUUUUGCCACACAAUCGGUUUUCGAUCUUUGAAUUAUGAUUUAACAACAACAACAAGAAUAAAGCACAAACGCUAUAAUUUAUAUUUAAAACAUGAAUAUCAGGGGUACUAUGAUACACACAAAGAAAAAAACCAACACAAAUCACAAAUACACUACACUACACUACACACCAACACAUGUACACAACACGUUAUGUCCUAGUUGUAAUCAUGGUGAGCACUUUUUGUUGUCACAUUCUCUGCUUAGAUGGCGAUAACAUAGGCGGCUAAGCAGAUCAAUCAGAUUUAGCACUAAACUCUAGUACUUAAAAUAAACUUUUUUUCUUAUUUUUAUUUACUUUUACCCAAUUGCGAUGUCAACAUCGUAAUUUCGCUCUCUAGUUUAUAAGUUAUGAUAUGCAAAAUGAAGCUGAAAACCGAAGUAGAACAAAAAAAAAAAAAAAACAACAACAACUAAAACUUUUAAGUUUCUCAAUUUUUUUCGAAUUUAUGGUAUAUGGUGUAAUUUUCUUAUAACCAAGCUUAAAGUAAUCCAUCGCCCCUUCAACUUUGUAUUAGCCCAUACACAGGUUACAGUUUAUCCAUCUUAAGAGACCAUGUUGAAAUGUACCAAGAAAGAAAUUAGAAAUGUGAGUUUGAAAAUAUUUAAAAAAAACCAAAA